GUCCGGACAUUCCUGGAUCCGGCGGCGCUGGUGCUCCCUUCUGGAGGGAACUUUCCAGAGCAGGUGGGGAUAGGGAUGUCCGACCGGCACCUGCUCUCGCUGGGUAAGGGGCAAGCUUGGGGAACAACCACCCGUGGGCACCUCCGGUUUCGGGGCCGGUAUGCAGCCACUUUGGAGCUUCUGUCCCGACCCGGGUCCUCGGCUCUCCUGCCCGAAUUCGGCAGCCGUCUCGUGCCCCCUCGCUGAGGCCCCGAACGGCCGGAAAACUCGGAUUUACAGGGCCCCUCCUGCGGAAGCCCGGAGACGGCGGGCGCGCCAAGGACCCGGGUGCGCCCAGGGCCCGAGUCUGACUUAGCAGACGGGGGCACUUGAGUGCCCUUUCAGGUCUCAAAGGACGCGCCAGGACGCAGACGGGGGCCGAGCGGGCGGACGCAGCCCUCUCCAGCGGCGACACGCGCUCAUCUGGGAUCGGGCCGCCGCUCCGUCCGUUCCCUUGCUAAUGCCAUCUUGCCGGAGGCGGUCACGUGCGGACGACAGCGGUGAGCUUCGCCCCGGCCCAGACGCCAGGACUGACUCGGGGACGUCAGUGGGUUUUCGGGGCUCCGUCCACAAUCGAGCACUUUCCUUUUAUUUGGACCCUUGGAUGCCCAUUGACGGAUGCUUGAGACCUUCAAGUAAUCUUCAGAUCAUAGCAGAACUGUAAGGCCCUUUGUAUGGGAAGGAGAUAGUCCGUGUGCUGUGGACAUGAACGGGGAGCAGCAGCUUGAUGCAGAUGCUGGGUCUGGUGUGGAAGAAGUGGAAUUAAGCUGGGAAGAUUAUCUGGAAGAGACGGGGUCCACAGCAGUUCCCUAUGGAUCUUUUAAACACGUGGACACACGUUUGCAAAAUGGAUUUGCUCCUGGGAUGAAACUGGAGGUGAUUGUGAAAAAAGAUCCUGAAAUCUACUGGGUUGCCACCAUCAUUACCACCUGUGAGCAACUGCUCCUCCUCCGCUACGAUGGCUAUGGAGAGGACCGGAGAGCGGACUUCUGGUGUGACAUCAGGAAGGCUGACCUUUACCCCAUUGGGUGGUGUGAGCAGAAUAAGAAGACUCUCGAAGCCCCGGAAGGCAUCAGAGACAAGGUGUCUGACUGGGAGGAGUUCCUGCGGCAGACUCUGAAGGAAGCGUGUAGUCCUCCUGUCCCGCUGCUAGAGGGCCUCCGUAAUGGGAGGAACCCUUUAGAUCUCAUUGCUCCAGGCUCCAGGCUGGAAUGUCAAGCUUUCCAGGACACGCUAAGCACUUGGAUUGUUACUGUAGUAGAAAACAUUGGGGGAAGGCUGAAGCUACGCUAUGAAGGACUUGAAAGUUCUGACAAUUUUGAACAUUGGUUGUAUUACUUGGAUCCGUUUCUUCAUCACGUUGGUUGGGCAGCUCAACAAGGAUAUGAACUUCAGCCCCCAUUAGCCAUCAGGCAUCUGAAAAAUGAAACUGAGUGGCAAGAGAUCUUGGCCAAAGUGAAAGAGGAAGAGGAAGAGCCAUUACCAUCUUACUUAUUUAAGGACAAACAAGUGAUCGGUACACAUUCAUUCUCUGUAAAUAUGAAACUGGAAGCUGUGGAUCCCUGGUCUCCUUUUGGGAUCUCGCCUGCUACAGUUGUUAAGGUUUUUGACGAGAAGUACUUUCUGGUGGAAAUGGAUGAUUUGCGACCAGAGAAUCAUGCAAGGCGAUCCUUUGUGUGUCAUGUUGACAGUCCUGGUAUUUUCCCUGUGCAGUGGAGUCUGAAGAAUGGUUUACACAUCACACCCCCUCCUGGCUACCCUGGCCAGGACUUUGAUUGGGCCGACUACCUCAAACAGUGUGGUGCUGAAGCUGCUCCCCAGAGGUGCUUCCCUGAGUCGAUUUCUGAGCACGAAUUUAAGGAGCACAUGAAGCUCGAGGCGGUGAACCCCCUCCUCCCCGAGGAAGUGUGCGUGGCCACCGUCAGCGCCGUGCGCGGCUCCUACCUGUGGCUCCAGCUGGAGGGUUCUAAGAAGCCUAUACCUGAAUGUAUAGUGAGUGUGGACUCCAUGGAUAUAUUUCCUUUGGGCUGGUGUGAAACCAAUGGCCAUCCCCUCAGCACUCCUCGUCGAGCACGAGUACACAAACAAAGGAAAAUUGCAGUGGUUCAGCCUGAAAAACAAAUGCCAUCCUCGAGGACUGUCCAUGAGGGCCUGAAGAGUCGGGAGCUGAACUCCACAGACUCGGUUAUGAUUAAUGGAAAAUAUUGCUGUCCAAAGAUAUACUUCAACCACCGUUGCUUCUCAGGGCCAUAUCUUAAUAAAGGAAGAAUCGCUGAGCUGCCUCAGUGUGUGGGACCUGGAAACUGUGUUCUGGUCCUCAGAGAGGUCCUCACCUUACUUAUCAAUGCAGCUUACAAACCCAGCCGUGUCCUUCGGGAGCUGCAGCUGGACAAAGACUCGGUGUGGCAUGGAUGUGGGGAAGUCCUCAAGGCCAAAUACAAAGGGAAGAGUUAUCGGGCUACUGUUGAGAUAGUGAAAACAGCGGAUCGGGUGACUGAAUUCUGCCGGCAAACCUGUGUCAAACUGGAAUGCUGUCCCAAUCUGUUCGGUCCACGGAUGGUUCUGGAUAAGUGUUCUGAGAACUGCUCUGUACUUACAAAGACCAAAUAUACACACUAUUAUGGGAAGAAGAAAAGUAAAAGAAUUGGGAGGCCGCCCGGCGGGCACAGUAACUUAGCAUGUGCCCUGAAAAAAGCCAGUAAGAGGAGAAAGAGGCGGAAAAGUGUUUUUGUGCAUAAGAAGAAACGCUCCUCUGCAUCUGUUGAUAAUACCCCGGUGGGCUCUCCUCAGGGAAGUGGGGGUGAAGAUGAGGAUGACCCCGACGAAGGAGAUGACGAUUCUCUAAGUGAGGGCAGUACUUCUGAGCAGCAGGACGAGCUACAGGAAGAGUCAGAAAUGUCAGAAAAAAAGUCAUGUUCCUCUUCUCCCACCCAAAGUGAGAUAUCCACCUCACUGCCUGCAGACAGACAACGGAGGAAAAGGGAGCUUCGGUCUUUUUCAUUUUCUGAUGAUGAGAACAAGCCGCCUUCACCAAAGGAAAUCAGGAUUGAAGUUGCUGAAAGGCUUCACCUGGACAGUAACCCCCUGAAGUGGAGUGUGGCGGAUGUGGUGCGGUUCAUCCGGUCCACCGACUGCGCUCCGUUAGCAAGAAUAUUCCUAGACCAGGAAAUUGAUGGGCAGGCCCUGCUGCUCCUUACCCUUCCCACCGUUCAAGAGUGCAUGGACUUAAAAUUAGGCCCUGCCAUCAAACUUUGCCAUCACAUAGAGAGGAUCAAGUUUGCUUUUUAUGAGCAGUUUGCCAACUGAGAAGGACAACCAAAGUGAGCUGUAUCUUUGAAGCACAAAUGCAGCAAAUCCUUCGCCUGCUCUAUGAGUGGAGCUGAAAUAGUGCUGGGGCGCUGGGCCCAGCAGGUGUCGGCUUGCUCUCUCUGCACUUUCGGGGAAGGAGGUCCCACAGUGAGGAAGCAAAAACUGCACAGAAGUGGCUCCCCUGCCAGUGGAAAUGGGAGCAUCUCUCAUUCAGCAGAUGGCAGUUUUAAAAAAAAUAAAGUUGUGAAGAAACGACUCAUGUAAGAAGAAGCAGCGUUUCCAGUGGUGUGGCCUAAACGAAGACUAAUCUAGGCUGCAGGAAAGCACCCUUUUGGGGGUUUUCUUUUUGUUAUGUCCCCUCCUGUUGUCGAUUGAACUUUGUUCUCUGCUUUCUCUUUCUUGGAAAGAGAGGACCUGGCUUUAAGGCAGCACUGAUUUGAGACUGCACCUAAGGCAAACCAGUGCUUCACUGUCAUCGUGGUUUUGAGCUAUUUUAAAUUAAAACAGUUUCUUUUGGGGAUGAUUAUGUGGCUCUGGGGUUUUGAAUGUGCAGUCACACUUGGCCCAGUUUGAAGUCUGUUCUUAGGAGUCCCUUUGUUUACUACCUCUGUUGAGAAUUGAGCUUGCAGCCAUGUGUGAGGUUUUUGUAUGGUGCCAUUUUAAGGUACAUGAACACUAAACUUAUGGCAGAAGUUGGAGGGGGAAAACACUGUUUGCUUCCUCAAAAACAUUGUGUGAGCACUUACACCAGUUCCUUAACUGACCUGAUCUAAGAACUUGACUGUCAUUGUUUUCCAUCUUGACCUAGCAUGGGCUACCUGUUUUAAGAAAUAUCUCAGACUGUUGGUAUUUCAAUUUAAUUGCUCUCUCCCCAUUAGUUUUCAGAGGGACUUCAGUGGCUUUUAUUGUGUUUACUUUUCUUCACAGUUGUUUGUCUGUUUCAGUUCUUAAAGUCCUUACUUUGGAUAAAAAUCAGUAGGUAUUUCUUCGGCCCACCAUUUGGUCCAUUUUCCCUUCUUUCUCCAUGUCUUGAGACAGGUAGUGUAGAAGCACAAGAAAGAAAACAGGUUUGAGGGCUUACGCAGAGCAUGGAGUUUCUGUAACUAUUUCCUCAGUGGCUAGAUAAAGAUUGAGCGGUGGUUAAGGAUUCUGGAAACCUCUUUGCCUAGUCAGGUUUACAAUUUUCUUCAGUUAAAUCUUUAAAUUGAAUAUAAUUUAUAGUCUGAGGAUUCCUACUCAGUAACGCAGUUUUCUUUUAGGUGUUUCUUUGACCCAGCUCAAGUUGACAUGAAGCUACAGGUGAAUUUCACUUAUCAUUGCACUAAUAGCUAUUAUAGGAUAAUAGCAUUUGCUAUACUGGUCCAGCUGUUGAGGAAAGAUUGCUUCCUUUAAAUGGUUUGCUUUGCUGAGGGUAUUUUUUAAAAUUAUCCUAGUCAGCUGCAAAUUUAUAAUAUAAUCAUUCCUCUCCAAGAUUUGAAAAUGUUUUAGAACUACAAACUGGGUAAAUUCCAAACAGCUCUACAAAUAUAAGGUAAUAUUAUAAAUGAAAAAUGAUUGUGAUUUUUUCCCCUUUUUAUUCCCUUGCCCCUCACCUGUUUUUAUAGACAUUGGUAAACAUUUUUUAGUUUAGACCCUCUCUUCAUUGGAUAAUUUAUGAACCAUCUUAAUUCAAGCCCUCCAACCAAACCAUCUAUUAAAACAUCAGCUCUUUGUUUAGGCCGCUACCAGAUAUACCUGGAAAGAAGCUUCAUUUAAGCAAAAAUUAAUAUGUUUGACCUUACUCACAGCCCAGCUUUUGAAAAUUUGAUUACUUCUAUGCCCACGGAAGAGAAGCAUAUAUAAGAUGCUUGGGAACAGUUAGCAUUAAGCAGAUAGACUUUGGAGGAGGGCUGUAGCUUGAAUAAUCAAGUCUCCUGAGAGGUCAGCAGUCAAGGCACCAAGGUAAAGGAGGUUCCUGGAAGAUCAAUGGGACAAAAAAAUAUCUGGAAUUAAUUAACACUGUUGUCUUAUUUAGGAAAAUGAGAUUUAUUUUCUAUAAGAGGAAAUUCCCACAUGCAACAGUGAACACGGGGUGGGGCAACAGUAGGUUUACAGUUCGUAUGGAAAAUAAUACAAUAAUUAAUAAAUAA